AUGUCGCCAUUUUCGUUUUUCUCCGCUAUUUUUUCCAUUCUUUCUGAAGUCACCCAAACGACAUUCGAGUUUUGUUCCUUUCAUGCCCACUCCAACUCCCCACGACCCCGCGACCAAGAACAACAGAAUGUUUGUCUGUUGGUUUCUUUUCUUAAUAAAAGACUAAAUAUUUUGAUACGCAUCGAAAGCCGGAAGAAUAUUUCAAGCACAAAAGAACAAUCACAACUUUGUCUGCUUAUCUAUCUCUGUCUGUUUAAAUCUAUCUAUCUAUCUAUCUAUCUAUCUAUCUAUCUAUCUAUCUAUCACACCUGUUCAAAUUUAUCUAUCUAUCUGUCUAUCGAUGUAUCUGUUUUUCUUUCUUUUUUUCUUUCUUUCUUUCUAUCUAUCUAUCUAUCGAUCACAGUCUGUGUAUUAUCUAUCUCAGUUUGUUCAAAUCUAUCUAUCUAUCUAUCUAUCUAUCUAUCUAUCUAUCUAUCUAUCUACCACAAUCUGUUCAUUAUCUAUCUACCUGAGUCUUUCUUUCUUUCUUUCUUUCUUUCUUUCUUUCUUUCUUUCUUUCUAUCUAUCUAUCUAUCUAUCUCACCUGUUCAUAUCUAUCUAUCUAUCUAUCUAUCUAUCUAUCUAUCUACCACAAUCUGUUCAUUAUCUAUCUACCUGAGUCUUUCUUUCUUUCUUUCUUUCUUUCUUUCUUUCUUUCUUUCUAUCUAUCUAUCUAUCUAUCUAUCUCAGUUUGUUCAUAUCUAUCUAUCUAUCUAUCUAUCUAUCUAUCUAUCUAUCUAUCUAUCUAUCAUAGCCUGUUCAUAUCUAUCUAUCUAUCUAUCUAUCUAUCUAUCUAUCUAUCUAUCUAUCUAUCUCAGUCUGUUCAUUAUCUAUCUAUCUAUCUAUCUAUCUACCACAAUCUGUUCAUUAUCUAUCUACCUGAGUCUUUCUUUCUUUCUUUCUUUUUUUCUUACACAGUCUUUUAAUUAUCUAUCUAUCUAUUUUUUAAAAAUUUAA